UUAGCUUUGAGAUGCCAAAAAGUCGCAGCAUUUUUCCUUGUCGGGACCCCUUAUCGGUAUAAACGGACAGAAACGGAGGUUCACGAUUCCCAUUCGAUUCAAUUUCUUAGACAAAUAAUCUGGAUUUGUUCGGCGUACCACUUGCUUGAGGUGAUGCGAUGUCGAGCGAGAUGGUGUACGUUGAACGCCGAAAGGGCAUUAAUGGUCUCGAUAAGGUCAUCUUGAGAGAGAUUCGCGGCAGUUCUGCAGAGGUGUAUUUUUAUGGUGGUCACGUUACUUCAUGGAAGAAUGAUCAUGGAGAAGAACUGCUCUUUCUUAGUAGCAAGGCUAUUUUUCAGCCUCCAAAAGCUAUACGCGGAGGUAUUCCAAUCUGUUUUCCUCAGUUCUCAAAUCUUGGCCCUCUAGAACCACAUGGAUUUGCAAGGAAUAGGAUUUGGACUGAAGAUCCUGAUCCCCCGCCUUUCCCAACAAGCAGCUCCAAUAAGGCAUACAUUGAUUUAAUUCUUAAACCAUCUGAUGAAGAUGUCAAAACGUGGCCUCACAGAUAUGAAUUUCGCCUAAGAGUCACCCUUGGACCUGGAGGGGAUCUUAUGUUAACAUCCCGAAUAAGAAAUAACAACACUGAUGGAAAAUCAUUUUCGUUCACUUUUGCCUAUCACAACUACUUCUCGGUUUCGGAUAUCAGCGAAGUACGUAUAGAGGGGCUGGAGACAGUUGAUUAUCUGGAUAACCAGAAGGAUAGGCAACGAUAUACAGAACAAGGGGAUGCAAUUACUUUUGAGUCAGAGGUGGACAAAAUCUAUGUUCACGCACCCACAAAGAUUGCAAUUUUGGAUCACGAGAAGAAAAGAACAUUUGUACUGCGGAAAGAUGGUCUUCCCGAUGCAGUUGUCUGGAAUCCGUGGGAUAAGAGGGCGAAAGCAAUUUCAGACCUUGGGGAUGAGGACUACAAGCACAUGCUGUGUGUGGAAACUGCUGCAAUAGAAAAACCAAUCACCUUAAAACCGGGUGAAGAAUGGAAAGGCAGGCAGGAACUAUCUGCAGUUCCCUCCAGCUACUGUAGUGGACAACUUGAUCCCAAGAAAGUGCUUCUAGGAGGCUAAUUCUCAUCUUGGCUGGCAUUGCAUGUACAGGUGGUCGUGAUUCAAUAUAAGACUUCCUAGAGAUCUGCUGCUGGACGGUGAAUUCUGGCCCAUGGUUUUAGAAAGAAAGGCAGAGAUUCAUUAGCAGAAAUAUCUUGAGUGUGUUUCUUUCUUUCUUCUUAUAUCUCUCUUUUCUGUUACUGGUUGCCAUGGUAGUAGUUUUAUAUGGAUAUAUUAUUGGUCAAAGCAACAAACUUUUGUGCUGUCUGUUUGUUUGGAACAGAUUCUUUUCCUUUGUUCCAGCAUAAGAACCAUGUUUUUAUUAUGGUCAUUGUAUUCUUUCCUAUGAUAAUGCAUAAAAAAACAGAGAAAUGAACAAGUCUCACUAUAUUGCUAUAUUUGAAUUCAUUCAUAUUGGCACGUUUUGGA